UUUACCAUCGUCGACUUUGUAAAAUACAUUAACAUCCCUAACGAAUCCUCUUCGCGCUAUUCUCUUUCUCUUUUCCUAUGUGUGCACGACACCUGAGUUUGCCGCACAACCCGAGCACCGCUGUCACUGAUACCUCCGUUUCGUUGCGCACUUUCCGUAGAGUAACUUCUACACCCUCAUCCACUGGGUUGAGAGCUGAAAAGGCAUUGGUGGUAUUAGAGUUUGUGUAGCAAGUGUUUGAAGUGGGUGAAGGAAUGGACUUGGUGGUACCACAUACAUAGUUUUGUUCAUAUUAACACUUCCUCUGAGAAAGAUAUAGCACUUGUUCUGCAUUCAAUUUGGUGAGAGUAUAUAAUAUGGCCUGCAAAUUUCAGUUAUUUGGUCUGUCUGAUGGGGUUAUUGACUUUAGAAAACCUAAUGGGACUUGGAAUAGGCAGCAUUUGGGCUUUAGCGUGUUUGUUUGUUCAAAAUAUGGAAGUUCUGGUUUGAAAGGUAGUCUGCAACAUUCUGAAAGUUUUUCUAAAUGUGCUUUAAAUGGGGUGGAGUCCUCAGCAAGGGUCAAUAAUUCCCUGAAUUUUGAAGAAUCAGAGAUACGUCAUCUCCAUAGGUUGAUUAGAAAUGGGGAAUUGGAGGAAAGUUCUAAGUUUCUUGAGUAUUUGACUAAUAAGGGUAAGAUCCCUGAUGUCAUUGCUUGUACUGCUUUAAUCCGUGGGUUUUGCAAGAUUGGCAGGCCUAAGAAUGCAACUCGAAUCAUGGGAAUUCUGGAGGAGUCUGGAGCUGUUAUUGAUGUAACCUGUUACAAUGUUUUAAUCAGUAGUUAUUGCAAAUUAGGGGACACAGAAGAAGCCUUGUGGAUUUUGGAUCGCAUGAGUGUUGCUCCAAAUGCUGCUACAUAUGAUGCAAUUUUGUGUAGUUUGUGUUAUAGAGGGAAAUUGAAGCAAGCCAUGCAAGUACUUGACAGACAGAUGCAAAACAAGUCUUACCCAGAUAUAGUUACGUGCACUGUAUUGAUUGAUGCAGCUUGUAAAGAAAGUGGAGUUGGUCAGGCAAUGAAACUGUUCAAUGAGAUGAGGAGGAAAGGAUGCAAACCUGAUGUGAUUACUUAUAAUGUUCUUAUAAAAGGGAUUUGUUAUGAAGGUAGGUUGGAUGAAGCAAUUAGAUUUUUAAACAAAUUGCCAUCCUAUGGUUGUCAGCCUGAUGUAAUUUCCCAUAAUAUUGUAUUGCGUAGCUUGUGUAGCAGUGGAAGAUGGAUGGAUGCUAUGAAACUAAUGGCUAACAUGCUUCGUAAAGGGUGUUUCCCCAGUGUUGUUACUUUCAAUAUCUUGAUCAAUUUCUUGUGCCAAAAGGGCUUACUAGAUAAAGCCCUUAAUGUCUUGGAGAUGAUGCCAAAGCAUGGUCAUACUCUUAAUUCCAGAAGUUACAAUCCGUUGAUUCAAAGGUUGUGUAAUGAAAAAGGUAUUAAUAGAGCAAUUGAGUACUUGGAAAUAAUGGUAUCCAGGGGUUGUUACCCAGAUAUAGUGACCUAUAAUAUUUUGCUAACUGCACUAUGCAAAACUGGGAAGGCGGAUGAUGCAGUUGAGAUACUGAGGCAGCUAUGUUCCAAAGGGUGCUCUCCUUCUCUUGUUACAUACAAUACAGUAAUUGAUGGGCUUUUGAAGGUCGGAAAAACAGAGUGUGCCGUGGAACUCUUCGAAGAGAUGAACAGAAUAGGUCUUAAACCUGAUAUUAUUACUUACAAUAUAAUCAUUGACGGGCUUCUAAAGAUGGGGAAAGCCAAACUUGCUGUAGAGCUUUUGGAAGAGAUGUGCAGUAAGGGUCUUAAGCCCGAUCCAAUUACUUGCACUUCAGUAGUUGGAGGCCUAAGUCGUGAAGGAAAGGUUCACGAAGCUAUAAAUUUUUUCAAUUACAUGAAAAGGUUUGGAAUUAGACCAAAAGUAUUCAUUUACAACUCAAUUAUGAUGGCAUUAUGUAAAGCUCGGCAAACCAGUUGGGCCAUAGAUUUUCUGGCCGAUAUGGUGGCAAAAGGAUGUAAACCUACAGAGGCUACGUAUUCUAUUCUUGUAGAAGGCAUUAUUUAUGAAGGGUUGGCUGAGGAAGCUUUGGAGUUGUUGAAUGAAUUGAACGCCAGAGGACUUGUCCAGAAAAGUUUGGUUGAAAAAGUAAGAGUCGAUAUGUAGAAGAAAACAGGUUGGUUCAACUCGGCUACAUGGUUUGGUUGAUUCCCAUUCAGUUCUAUGAAGAACCAAAAUUUCAAUAAAACCAUUUGUGAAUAUUCCUUUAAAGCAGUGAGAUCCAAGAUACAACGCAGUUUUACAUUACAUUGAUUAUGGCCUUUCCUAGUUAUGCACUUAGAUUUUGCUGUCCCCUUCUUUUAGUGAGCACUGGUCAUUUGGAGCUUUAUAGAUUUUAACUUCUGUGAGUGAGGGUACGCAUGAUGGUAAAUUCCAAGUCAAUUCUGUAAGUCAGUAACUGCAGUUUUAUUCCAACAUAUUUAGUUAUAAAGUAUGUUUCAUCCUAUUUAAGCUUGAAUACUGGUGAGUUCAUGUUCUUUUGCUUUUUUUGGCCUCCAUGAAUAUGUUUUUAAAUUGAGUAAAUGCUAGCUUAGAAAACAGACAUACGAGUACUGCGCAUAAGGACUUAUCCCUGGUUUACUGUGCAAGUUCUCCCUAGUAUCAUAGGAACUUCUUGGAUAGAAAAUACAAAAGAGUAGAAGAAUUCAAAAGAAGAGAAAGGACAUGUAUUUAUGAGGGAAGGAAAUCUGCAAAUACAAUUACAAGGCAUGCCUUGCAUGCGCGUUAAUGUAUAUUGUUCCUUUAUUGUUAUCUUUCUCCUCUAGCAGAAUAAUAGUACGAAACAUUUGAGAUGGAGGCUAGUUCUUGUACUUUUUGCUGUUUGCAGUUGAGUUGAAGAAU